GAUAGCAACUCCUUAUUCCCGUCCUGCUGCCACAGAUUGUCAUGCAUCGGUUGAGCACGUUCGUCAAGUUGAUUCUGACACAAAUUGCAGUCCGGGUGGUUCCAUCAGCCCAGAAGCUAAAUCUUGCUCCUCAUUGCAGUCAUUGAUGGCCACAGCUGAUCCUGGUCCUGCUGCCACGGAUGAUCAUGCAUCAGUUGAGCACGUUCGUCAAGUUGAUUCUGACACAAAUUGCAGUCCGGGUGGUUCCAGACCAGAAGCUAAAUCUUGCUCCUCAUUGCAGUCAUUGAUGGCCACAGCUGAUCCUGGUCCUGCUGCCACAGAUUGUCAUGCAUCAGUUGAGCACGUUCGUCAAGUUGAUUCUGACACAAAUUGCAGUCCGGGUGGUUCCAGCCCAGAAGCUAAAUCUUGCUCCUCAUUGCAGUCAUUGAUGGCCACAGCUGAUCCUGGUCCUGCUGCCACGGAUGAUCAUGCAUCAGUUGAGCACGUUCGUCAAGUUCAUUCUGACACAAAUUGCAGUCUGGUUGGUUCCAAACCUGAAGCUCAAUCUUGCUCCUCAUUGCAGUCAUUGAUGGCCACAGCUGAUCCUGGUCCUGCUGCCACAGAUUGUCAUGCAUCAGUUGAUCAUGCUCAUCAUGUUGAUUCUGAUACAAGUUGCAGUCCUGGUGAUACCAGUACUGGGGCUCAAGGAUGUCACGGUCCUUUAUUGACAUUGGUGGCAUCGACUAAUCCCAGUCUUACUGCCACAAAUUGUCAUGCAUCAGUUGAGCAGGUCGAUCGAGUUGCCUUUGACAAAAAAUGCCGUUUUGACAUUUCUAGCGGUGAAUAUCAAGCUUGCUCCUUAUUGACAUUGCUGGCCACAGAUGAUCCCAGUCCCACCAGUACUGCCAAAGAUCGCCAUGCAUCAGCUGAGCAGAUUCAACAAGUUGACUUUGACACAAAUUGCAGCUAUGACAAUACCUGCCUUAAAGCUAAAGCUUGUCCCCCAUUGAUAACAUUGACAGCCACCACUGAUCCUAGUCCUACUGUCAUAGGUUGUCACACAACAGUUCAGCUGGAUUGUGAAGUUGACUCUGAUGCAACUUGCAUUCCUGACAAUUUUAACCCUGAAGCUCAACCUUGCCUGUCAUUGCAGUCACUGAUGAGCACAGCUGAGCCUAGUCCUGUCGUCACAGAUUGUCAUGCAUCAGAUGAGUCAGUUUGUCAAGUCUACUCUGACACAAAUUGCGGUCCUGUUGAUUCCAGCCCUGAAGAUCAAGCUUGUUCUCUUUUGCAGUCGUUGAUGGCCGCAGCUGAUGUUAGUCAUCCUCCCACGACUUUUCAUGACUCAGUGGGGAUGGUUGUAUCAGUUAGUCAAGUUGACUCUUGCUCCAAUAGUGUUUGUGCUACAACUUGCCUGUCAACAGUGUUUAAUCUUAGUUCUAAUUGUCAAACAUUAAGACAGUCCUCAUCUUCCUCUGUGUUGAUGGAUGAAUUUAACUGUAGUGAUAUCAGUCCUACCAGCACAGGAUGCAUGAAAAUGAAGAAUGUGAGGCUGCCUGAAUGUGAAACUACAUGUACUUGUACACUUCCAAGCUGCACUUCGCCUGUCUUAAAAUGGGUUUCUUGCAAACCUAUUCCUGCAGUUAUACCCAUUUCAUUGCUGCAUCAAGGCAAAUCUCUUGAAGUUGCUCGUAGCUGUUUCACUUCAAUAGUGCUGCGGGGGGAUCUUGUUGCCACUAGUAGUACCACUGCAAGAUUUGUGGAUACUGUUAGCACUACAGCAGUGCUGCCUGUCAGUGACUCUCCCCUUACAAAAGACUGCGUUUCGUUAUGCGACAUUGUUCCAACAAGAAAUCUUGCAUCAGCUCCUUCAGGUGAAUUAAACUGUAGUCUACCUUCUGGUGGUUCCAACUCUGUUUCCGGAAGUGGAGAAGUAGCUAUCACAUCUUUAGUUUGCUCUAACUCAUCUAGUCCUGCCACAUGCAGCUUUGUAUCACAUGUGCCUUCAAGUGACUUCCACUGCAGUGAUCAUGAUUCCGACUCGGAUUAUGUCCCUGAGUCAGAAUCUUCAACUGGCGGGGACUCCAAUACAGGUGAUAUUGCUGUUCCAGCUUCCAGACCUCCGACAAGGGCCAAUAUGGACUUACAGGGAUGUGUACAGAUGACUAAGGUUAAACCAGGAGGUAAGCGAGUAUGGAAUAAGGUCGACUAUUGCUUGUACUGUGGCAUAAAGCAGGCAAAAGUUGCCAGACACUGCCUUCUCAGACAUGAAGAUAAGGUGAUGGUGAAAGAAAUACAAGCCCUUGAACUGAAGUCAUUGGAGAGAAGAGAAAAGAUCACUGAAUUGCGUAACAAGGGCAACUUUCAUCACAACCUUCUUGUGUGGCAGUCAGGAACAGGUGAAAUAGUUCCACGGAAGCGUCCCAUUGAAGAUGAAGCAGCCUCUAAUUAUCUUCCAUGUGAAUUCUGUCAGGGUUGCUUCAAAAGGGAAGGCCUGUGGAAGCAUCAAAUUAAGUGCGCUCAGAAAAACAAAGUGACGAAGAAGAAACGGAUCCAAUCAAUGGCCAAGAUGAUGAUACCCAGUUUAACCGGCACGGUGUCUGAAAGCCUCAAGAAAAAUGUCAUAAGCCGAAUGCGUGCAGACGACGUGACAAGUGUGGUGCGAAGAGACCCACACAUUUUAAAUUUUGGUACAAAGAUGAUCCGAGACCAUCCAGAAGCGCACCAGGCACUCCCAAUAUCACAGAAUAUGAGGGACCUUGCGAAAUUAGUUGUAGCUACCAGUAGGGUCGACAGGUCUGUGACAUCAAUCAGAGACUGCUUGAAUCCUCAGAAAUUUGACACUCUUGUUGAUGCAGUGAAGGUCACAGCUGGGUAUUGUGCUGACACCAAUACUUACAAAACUCCAUCCUUUGCAAGAAAUAUUGGAUACAGCAUCGAUAAGGUUGCAGCUUCAGGAAAGUCAUCCUCAAUCAAAUCGGAAAAUACCGAAUUGUUUGAGGCAAUAAGCAACUUCCAGCAAUUGAAGAAUGCCGAGUGUACCUCGGAGGUGGUUACUUUGGCUCGUCACAACUUGGACAGUAGAAAACUCAACAAACCACAUCAGACAUCAAGAAGCUAA